CGGACUCCGGGCAUGAUUUCAUUUUGUUAUUGACUGGGUUGCCCAUGGCCCAUGUUGACGAGAUCGACUUCCAUGUGCUUUUGAUUAAUUUAUGGCUCCCACAGUCUUUAUUACAAUAGUCGCAGCUCUCUCUCUCUUAAUUCUUUUACUGGCCCAAGUCUCAAAUCUUUUCCAUGAUUUUGUCUGCAGAUCAAGAGUGAAAAAUCCAAUUUUCCCAUUUAAUAAACCUCUACAGUGGGUUAUAGAAUUUUGAUGUUUUUACUCUUCCUGAGAGUAUGUUGAUUAGUUAUCUUCCCUGUUCCCCUUUCAGCCGAUUCCUCUCUCUUCCCCAUGUUUUUUCAAGAAAUCUUUCAGCUCUAUACUCUCUCUCUCUCUCUCUCUCUCUCUCUCUCCCCGUUGCACACGUGAUAUACUUAGCUUUUGCCUCCUCAAGGACAUGUAAUGCAUCAAACCGCUGAGUUUUGAUCUCUGGCUGUCAAUUCUUGAGAUGUGGUUGUGAGCCAGCAGAAAACACCACAGAGCGUGUCUUAAUAGUGUCAGACUAUCCAUUCACACUGUGUUCUAAAUUCUAAAUGAGUUCUACACUUCCUUGUUGGGUUCUGAUGCGUGAUCUUUCCUAUUAAGUAAAUGAUGGGUGCUAGAGUUCACUGGUAGAUGUAUGUUUUAAGUUCGUUUCUUUUAUUCUAAAUAGAUGGAAUCUGGAAGUCGGUUCUAUACAGCUGAUGAGUUCAAAUUGGAUGCAAAAUGGCUUAUUGAUCCCAAACAUUUAUUUGUUGGGCCUAGAAUUGGAGAGGGAGCUCAUGCCAAAGUGUACGAGGGAAAAUACAAAAACCAGACUGUUGCCAUUAAAAUUGUUCACAAAGGAGAGACUCCAGAAGAGAUUUCCAAGAGAGAAGCACGGUUUGCAAGAGAAGUUGCAAUGUUGUCCAGAGUUCAGCAUAAAAACCUAGUGAAGUUUACUGGUGCUUGCAAGGAGCCUGUAAUGGUGAUAGUUACCGAGCUUUUAUUGGGAGGGACAUUACGUAAAUACUUGCUGAACAUACGGCCUAGGUCCUUGGACAGACGUGUUGCUGUUGGAUUUGCACUUGAUAUUGCUCGUGCAAUGGAAUGCUUGCACUCUCAUGGGAUCAUACACCGUGAUUUGAAACCUGAAAAUUUACUCCUGACUGCAGACCAUAAAACAGUUAAACUAGCAGACUUUGGUUUAGCAAGAGAAGAGACAUUAACAGAGAUGAUGACUGCUGAAACUGGAACAUAUCGUUGGAUGGCUCCAGAGUUGUACAGUACUGUUACAUUAAGGCAGGGAGAGAAAAAGCAUUAUAACCAUAAAGUGGAUGCCUAUAGCUUUGCAAUUGUGUUGUGGGAGCUCUUACACAACAAAUUGCCUUUCGAGGGAAUGUCAAAUCUCCAGGCAGCAUAUGCAGCUGCUUUUAAGAACACGAGGCCUAGUGCUGAUGACCUCCCAGAGGAACUGGCUAGGAUUCUAACUUCAUGCUGGCAGGAGGACCCAAAUGCUCGGCCCAAUUUCAGCCAAAUAAUUCAAAUGCUACUUAACUAUCUUUACACCAUUUCUCCUCCAGAACCCUCAAUUCCACCUCGAAUUUUCAUGUCUGAAAACACUGUUUUGCCACCUGAGUCUCCUGGCACAAGCUCAUUGAUGGCGGUGCACGAUGACACGGGGGACACACCUAAAGGAAAUAUGGAAGACAAGCCAAAGGGUUUCUUCUUCUGCUUCAACCAGUGUUAUUAACCGCCGAAUAGUAAAUGAGAUGGUCAGAAACUGUCCUUCCCCUCGAAUGUGGCUCUAGGGAAGCUUAUUAAUCUAGUAGAUGCUAGGUUUUAGUCUCACAAAUACAAUUAUGACAUGCCACAUGUUUAAAUCGAUCAAUUUACAUUUCCUUGAAGCUCAAUUCUGUUGUCAGAUUACCUUGUAUGCAUCUGAUGCUGCUAUUGAGCUUACUAGAUAUACUGGGUCCUAGCUUCGAGUACAUGGUUCUAUCAUCUAGCUACAACUAACUGUUUGGACCUUGGAGUUGGGGUUAGACCGCGAUACUGGAUUAUAUAGGAUAACUGAAAUCCAACUCCAAUUCUAUUCCUUCCUUGCACAUUGUUCAUGCAGAUAAAGGAGUGUUAGUUCUUCAUCA